AUGUUUUUCUUAGUCCUUCCAUUGAUUACACCUGGCAUUCUCUAUCCUCGGGAAUUGGCCAGUCAAACACUCCAUUCAAGCUUCAAUAUGAUCAAUAAUGUCAAUCUUGAUGUGCAUAGAGAUCUAACGGAAAUGGAGACUCCACUCACCCAUGAUAUCUUGUAUAGUGGCUCAUAUAAUUCAAAACAGAAAGAAGGAAGCUGCAGCAAUGUGUUAUUCAAAGAAAACUUGAUUGUGCUUGGAGAGGAACGCUUGGUUAGGUUCCUCAUUCAUCGAUGGGAUUUCUGGCUUUAUUACAUAGCAUAUUUCCGUAGGGGAACAAUUGGGCUGAUUUACAGUAAUAAUCUAGGCCAAAUUUCAGAAUCACUAGGAUAUAAUUCAGAAGUUAACACACUGGUUUCUCUCUAUUCUGGUUGUUCGUUCUUCGGUCACUUACUUUCUACUACUCCAGACUUCCUACAUGAGCAAGUAUCCGAACAAACAAUUAGCAUACUGAAUACAAUACUUUGUGUUGUUACUAAAUGCGUUUAUUAUUCAGAAAGGAGCAAGAUAGCACUAAUUGCUACCACAGCCUUGAUUGGACAAAGUUCAGGUUUCAUUUUUUCUGCUGCAGUGUCGAUACAUCAGAGCUGUUUGUGUUAA